GCCUCUAAAGUGAAGUGACCUUCUUACCGACCGUCAGAAACCGUUCACCGGCCGCGAGAAGCAUCUUAACUCCACACCGGAGGCAGUUUAGCUCCGUAUAUUUUCAUCAAAAAGCUCACCAUGGGAGACAUUGCCAAGGGAAAGAAGGCUUUUGUCCAGAAGUGUGCUCAGUGUCACACAGUAGAAGAGGGGGGCAAGCACAAGGUGGGCCCCAACCUCUGGGGUCUGUUCGGGCGUAAGACCGGACAGGCAGAGGGCUACUCGUACACAGACGCCAACAAGAGUAAAGGUAUUGUUUGGGGAGAGGCCACCUUGAUGGAAUACCUGGAGAACCCUAAGAAGUACAUUCCAGGAACCAAAAUGAUCUUUGCUGGCAUCAAGAAGAAGGGAGAGCGCGGAGACCUUGUUGCAUACCUGAAAUCUGCAACAUCAUGAGCCAGUCAUCAAAACCUGAAUAUUUAAUGUCAUUUUACUGUAUUUGUUUGCUUUGUUUUUAGGCAUGCACAUUCUUAACAUGGUUUUAUGUUGAGUCACUUUUUCACAUGGUUACUUAAUGUUGUGUACGGUACGAAAGGUGCCACUUGCGAUCAAGAAAACCCAAGUGUCACUUUCUCUGUAUGGUGCUGAAGUGGCUAAACAUAAAACCACAGUCUGUUCUUCUUCGGCUAAGCUGUUCUUUUACUGCAACAAGAGGAACAAACUAAUCAUUAUUUAAAAUGUCUAACAAUGAGAGAUUUCCUGUCCGUUAUUCUGUUUUUCAAAACAACACUAGUUUGGUACAUUCUGUUUGCAGAGCCAUGCCUUUACCCUCCUUUUUUUAAAGUUAUUGAGUUUAAAUAUCAUACCAUCGAUCACAUCAAAGUGAUACAGGGUGGAAAAUGGAGACUUUAGGUGGCUGACAGAUGCUUGUUCUCUAACUUUGACCAGUUUUCAUGCCAACUGGAGUUUCUGACCUUUGACCUGGGGGAUGCUGCAGUGUUAACAUUCUGCACUCCCUCUCGUCUACCCAUAUUUAUCUGUGUUGAGAAACAAUCACUUGCCAUGAAAGCUCUUAAGCAGAAUAACUAUUUGUCUUUUAAAAUGUUCAACAAAACCUCAUAUUGCAUUUUAGUACUCUUAAGCCGAGCCUGAUCUGUACGGUUGCUGAAGCAGCCCCUUUUUGAGCUUCUGUUUGUAUCCCCUACCUGCCAUCACACUCUGUAUGAGUUUUUAAAAAAGGUUUUAGGGUCACACACUGUUUUCUGCCUUCUUACAGCUAAGAAUUGUGGGUUGUUACUUGCAUAUUGAAGCUGUAGAGCUGCUGCACUGGGUACCAUCUGCAGCGAGGGAAGAUGUUAUUUACCUGGUUUCACAGGCCCGAGAGAUGUUUUAACUUAUUUUACUGUAACCUGAGAGACUAAGUCUGUAACAUAUUAUGAAGGGGCUGCUUGCUGUCUUCAUGUACAGCAAUAUUGUAUGCGAAGAAACAAUAUAAUGUGGAAGCUAUGGUGUGUAGUUGUAGACAGGAUGGAUGAAGGAUCAAUAAAAAAAAACAUCUUCAAUGUGAA